AUGUGCGGGGCCCCCCUGGGGGGCCCCCCCGGGGGGCCCCCCGGGGGGCCCCAUGGGGGGCCCCUUGGGGGGCCCCCAGGGGGCCUCGUUGCUGUUGCUGCACAGCCCCCGCCCCCCUUUGAUGCAGAGGAAUGGGAGGGGCCCCUCCAGAGCAACCGCAUCAGUGAAGCUGAAACGGCCACAAGCCGCUCGGGGGCCUCACAGCAUAAGCUUUUCCAGCAGCAGCAGCAGCAGCAACAGCAGCAGCAGCAGCAGCAAAGGCUAGACAGUUCUGACGGGACCCUGCAUCCCUCCACCGCACCAUCCAACUACUCCGCUUCUCAGGGGCAGGAAACUGGAGCACAGCAGCAGCAGCAGCAGCAGCAGCACCCGCGGAGUCCUGCUGCAGCAGCUGCUGCUGCUGCUUUUGCUGCUCAGCGGGGCCUCCCUGCACCCCUCAUGGGCUCUGUCUGCUGCGCUGCUGUCGCCCCUUGCGGCUGCCUCAGACUCUGGGACUUAGCGAGCACGCUGCGAAGCUGGCGCAGGGCCCACGCUGUUGCGGGGGCCCCCGCGACUCCGCCGCUGAGUGGCCGGGCGGACAUUGGCGGCACCUUCUCUUUCAGCCUCAGUGAGGUCUGGCGCAUUCCAACAGCACUGCGAGGGGCGCUGCAGCCAAUCAGCAGCAGCAGCAGCGGCAGCAGCAGCAGCGGCGGCAGCACGAGUCUCAGCGCGAGCCGCAGUCUGAGCCGCAGCCCAAGCCGCGGCAGCAACAGCAACGGCAACAGCUGCAGUGAAUACAGCAACGGCAGCAGCAGCAGCAGCAGCAGCAGCCUCGUGGCGUGGCGGCGGGAGUUGUCCUUGCCAUUCCUCUUCAGUCCCUCUUCUGCUGCCUUUGGUGCAGCAGCAGAUAGCAGCAGCAGCAGCAGCAGGCUGCGGCUGCUGUCGGAGCCUGCAGCUUUUUGGGGCUCUGUAAACGGGCACAAGCAGUUGCUGCGAUGGCCUUUCUCCGCAGUAGCCAGCAGCAGCAGCAACAGCAGCAGCAGCAGCAGCAGCAGCAGCAAGCACUGCGUGAGCUGCUGCUUGGCUGAGAGCCAGGGUGGGGUUUAUUUUAUUUCUUCUUUUUCUGACGGCGCCGUCACAGCCCUGCACCUUAACCGAAUAAGUGCUUCUCGCAAAAGCAAGCAGCGGCAGCAGCAGCAAAAGCAGCAGCAGCAGCAGCAGGACCCAGGCAGCAGCAGCAGCAGCAGCUUCAGCAUCGGGGGGGGCCCCCCACUUCCCUGGCCAGAAGCUGAGCGGCCGCACCCUUCUGUGUUUUUGCUGCCGACGCCAGCUAGCUGCGUGGACCCGCGGAUUGCAGCGGCAGCAGCAGCAGCAGCAGCAGCAGCAGGCAGCAUCAGCAGCUUGCUGGUGGGGGGCCUCACCAGCAGCGGAGAUGUGCUGCUGUGGCGAUUGCCUACAUUUGCUGCAGCAGGUUUCCAGCCACAGGCGCUGCCAACUGCUGCUGCUGCUGCUUUCCGAGUCCUUUCUGCUGCUGGGGGCAGCAGCAGAGCAGCAUACGACAGCUGGUGCUUUGCUGCUGCUUCGGUCUGCGGCGCUGUGGCUCUGAUUGACUGCAGCAAGCUGCUGACGCCCGCAGCCACAGCAGCAGUGGCAGCAGCAGCAGCAGGAGCAGCAGAAACACAAAAAGCAGCAGCAGCAGCAGCAGCCCGGCGCUCCCCCGAAGCAAUUCCGCUUCUUCUUACAAAACCAAAACCUUUUUGCUUCUUCACCCCACAUGGAGCUUACUCGUUGGGGUUUGGCGUUGGGGCAUUUGCAGCUGCCGACGACGUCUUGCUGCUGCUGCUGCUGCAGGCCCGGCGCCCCGCUGCAGCAGCAGCAUCGUCGGCUUCGCCGAGACCCCAGUGUCUGUACACCACAGAGCAGCAGCAGCAGGAGGGCCCCUCCCGCUGCUGCUGCAGCACUCGGGGCUGCUGCUGUCGGGAGCAGCAGCAGCAGCAAGGCAGCGAGGCCCAGCAAGACCUCGACGCCCUCGCGCGCCCUCUGGGCUCUCACGUCUUCACGCCGAAACUAAUGGGGGACACAACAGCAACAAGCGACUUCCUGCUGCGCAGCAGCACCAGCAGCAGCAGCGGGUGCAGCGGGAACUGCAGCAAAAGCGGAAGCAGCAACCACGCAGCCCCUUCGCUGCAGUGCAGCAUACCGCAGCACCUGCUGCGAAGCGCUCCCCCUGGCGCUGCUGCUGCUCUGUCCCCACUGCUGCAGCGGAUGUCUGGAGCAGCAGCAACACCAAGAGCAGCAGCAGCAGCAGCAGCAGCGGCGGGCGCCGCGGCGCCUCCUCUUUAA